CUUCACUGUCAGCCGGAUGUAGAUUUUAGUACCCUCUUGCCACUUUGUGUCUGUGACAUACCUCCUACUUAAUUACAUAGUACAUACCAUAAAAUUAGUCAUUUGAAUAUUUGACAUAAUAAUCGUAGGCACUCGAUUUCAAUUACUUAUGUUAUUGUCAUUUAGAUCACAGUCAAUUUAAUUGUCAUCAGUCUGACAGUUCACUUUUUAUACCUUAUAUCAACUACUACUAAAUUUAAAUUACGAUGGGUGUGACAAAUUUACAGAUUAUUUUCGAUAAUCCCACGGAUGUAUUUAUGCCUGGUCAAUCUAUUACUGGACGAGUAUUGAUAACUACUAGUAGUUCUGUAAAAAUAAGAAUGGCCAAAACUGGAUGUUAUUUUAGGUAUUAAAUUGAAAUUUCGAGGGGAAGCUAUAGUUUCAUGGACAGAACAAGAAUCUCGUAGAAGUGAUAAUGGUGAAACUCAAAAUUACUCUGUCAAAUAUGAUGCUGAAGAAGAAUAUUUUGAAAAUAAAAUGACUUUGGUUGGAGGUGGAGGAGAAUCAAAAUUAGAAACGGGUGAACAGGUUUAUCCAUUUAAUGUUUCUUUACCUCAUCAAUUACCAUCUACAUUUAAUGGCGAGUAUGGACACGUUCGUUAUACAGCAAAAGUUAAAGUUGAUAUUCCAUGGGGCAAAGAUAAAGAAACAGAAAAAAUAUUUCAAGUUAUUUCUCCAUUAAAUUUAAAUGAUGAACCAUCACUAGCUGAACCCAAAAAAGAAGAAAAAGAAAAGUUUUAUUGUUGCUGUUGCUGUGAGUCUGGUCCAACAACAUUGGUAGUUUGUAUUCCUUAUAGUGGUUUUGUACCUGGACAAAUUAUUCCUCUUACAAUUGAACUAGAUAACAAUAGUAAUGUAGCAAUUGAUGCUGUUAAAAUUAAGUUGAAACGAGAUUUAACAUUUAAAGCAAGACACCCAAGUGAAAAAACUAACUUCAGUUCAUCUGAGCUUGCAGUUUUACGUUUACAAGGUAUUGAAGCUCAUGCUUCAAAAACAUGGACAGAGCAAAUGGUGGUUCCUAAUAGUUUGAUGUUUUCUAAUCUAAAGUAUUGUGGAGUUAUUACUGACCAAUAUGUAUUAAAUGUAGAAGCUAUUGCUGGAGGUAUGUAUGAAAACACUGAUAUUAAUGUGAAAAUUGCAAUGGGUAAUAUUCCAUUAACUAUUGCUCAAGAUGCACCUCAAUUUAAUAUUCCAAUUCAAUUGCCUAAUUACAAUAAUGCUGCAAAUAGCCAAUUAAUUACAAAUCCUACCUAUCCCGUAGAUCUACCUGCUCCUGUUCCUGGAUUUGCACAGCAAAUUCCACCAUAUGGCCAACCUCCUUUUAUUCCUUAUCCACAACAAACCACAAACACAUCACAAAUCUCUGGUCAGCCACUAUUGUAUCCUCAAGCACAAAUGUAUAACCCAUCUCAGUUACCCUAUCCGGAUGGGAAUAUACAACAACCAGCAUUUAAUCCAUCUUUUCAAAAUUUGAAUACUCCAGAAGUAAAUCCUUCCGCUCCCUCUAUUUAAUGUUAUAUCCUAGAUAUUCUGAAUUAAGUUUACAUCCAGAUCAUUGAAGAUCUGUUGAUAAUUUAACAGUUAUUUGAAUAGUAUACAUUUAUUUUUAAUUUAAACAUAAUAUAGGAUUUCUGGAAAUAGAAAAGCAUUCAGUUAAACUAGUUAUAAUUUUUUUAGUUAUUCUGUAUACUAUAUAUACUAACAAAAUAUUUCAAACAAUUAUAGUUAUGCCAAAUGUUUUAUACAUUUAUCUAACUAUAUUUUCCUUAUUAUAUUUAUUAAUUAUAUACAUUUCAAUACAAUUAUUAUUCAAAGUUUUAAUCUUUAACCUUGUACCUUAUAUAUACUAUUUUCAAUAUAAGAGUGCGACCCGGGCAGGGAUGAUUUUUUUGUUUGUGACAUAACUUUCCUCUACUUAAGUUCUUAUGUUGAAUUUUAAUAUAGAUAUGAUCAGUAUUUAAUAAUUUUUAAAUUUCCAAUAUCAAAAUUCUUCAACAUAUUAUAUUGUUCUAACUUAAAAACAUUUAAUAAC